GUCAACGUGUCCAUUGCGGCUGUAGCUUGCACCAGGCCUCGUCAACCCCCAUCCGACACAACCACGAAGUAAAGCCAGCCCAUCCAAACCGACUAUUGCUGUCGAAUCGCUCCGGCAGCGAUUUGCGAGUGGCUCUACGGGCACCGACAACGGCACUUCCAGGGUCUUGCCCCAGACUAAAACGUCAUCGCUCCCCUCCACCUUAAUCGCAAGGACUCUCUCCCGAUACAUCACCGUCGACGCUCCUUGCUGCCACAACCAUCAGGCUUCUUCUUGCCCCACGACACAUCUCGAACCCUUCCACAAGCCUUUCCCCGGCUCAAACCGAUCGUGUCCUUCAACAAACGCAUCGAGAAGAGGGGAACCACAAUGAAACCCAACCGCGACGCAAUCCUCCUCAGCGAUGUGCAGGUCCUCACCCUGCGCGGCAACGGCGCCCUCACCACGCACCGCCGCGUCCCCGCCGCGCCGCAGCUCAAGUGCGUCUCGGCCAGCGCCAUCUGCGCGCUGCACGAGAUCGACACGAUGCGCUGCACCAACCAGGGCGCCGGCUACGACAGCGAGGACAUCCAGUGGUCCUGCACCGCCUCCCUGCCCGCCGAGCUCAAGCUCGGCUCCACCGACGUCAUCUGCGAGGGCUAUUCCCGCGCCGACGACCCUUACGUGCUCAAGGGCAGCUGCGGCGUAGAGUACCGCCUCGCGCUCACCAAGCAUGGGGAGGAGCGGUAUCCGGAUCUUGGCGGCGGCGGCUUCCUAGGUAAGGACGGCAGCGACCCGAGUGCGUGGUUGUUUGGCAUCUUGUUCGUCGCCGUGGCACUGUGGAUCAUAUACUCGGCUUGCACCGCACCACGGCCCAAUGGCGGCCAUCGCGUUGCCGGUGGCCGUCGUCCUCCGCGUGGAGGAGGAGGCGGCGGCGGAGGCGGUUGGGGUCCUGGCGGUGGUGGUGGUGGUGGCGGAGACGGUGAUGCCUGGGACGACCCUCCCCCGCCGUAUCCAGGGAGCAACAACAGCAAGACCAGCCGCACCGGGCAGCAGCAGGGCGGUGCCGGUGGCUGGCGGCCCGGGUUCUGGAGCGGCCUGCUCGGUGGUGCGGCGGCAGGCUACGCAGCGGGCAACCGGGGCAACAGGAACAAUAACAACACUGGUGGCUGGGGAGGGUAUAAUCGCGACUACGGCACAAACUACGGCGGCGGCUGGGGAGGCUCGUCGACGUCCUCUUCGCGCUCAAACUCCGGAUCUUCGUCACAAGCGUCAGGGCCGAGACAUGAGAGUACUGGGUUCGGUGGGACGAGUCGUCGGUAGGAUUGUCCUACAAAUCGGACGUUUGAGUUUUCAAGGGUCGAAGUCGGCUUGGAAGUGCGGUUGGUGGUAUAUUAUUCCAGUAUUCUUUACCUUUACUUUGGUUGAGCCCCUUAACAACUGUGAACCUGCAGCAACCAAAUAGCCUUGAAAUGCAAGCACAUACGACAAAUUUGAACUCCCCAGACAAUUCGUGUCUGUACAAUCGGAGCAUUAUCACAUCAGUCACUGUGUAU